AUGUCUUCAGAAACAACAACAACAACAACCUGCCCCUUCACCAACAUCGACACCUCCCCAGCAAUAACCUCCAACCACCCCUCCACAAUCCACGCCGCCUACGACACCCUCCGCACCACCACCCCCCUCGCCUACACCACCGCCCACGGCGGCUACUACCUCCUGACCCGCUACGCCGACAUCAAGUCCGCCGCCCUCAACCCCUCAACCUUCAUCUCCUCCGUCCGCGCCGUCAUCCCCUCCGACCCACGCGGUCUCCGACGCCCCCCUCUCAACUUCGACGCUCCCCACCAUACCCCUUACCGCACUGCGCUGGAUCGGACGCUUAAACCAGCCCGUUUGGUACGCCUCGCCGAGCCACUGGAACAGCACGCUGAGGCGUUGCUGCGGCCGUUGAUAGAAAAGGGAAAAGGGGAUAUAUGCACCGAAUUCACCUCACACUACGCCGCCUGGGUAGAGACGGAGUGGUUGAAUUUGGCGCCUGAGACGGCGCCGAAGUUGGCGAGUACGGCGUCGAAAUGGGUGGAUGCGUGGCGGAGGAUGGAUGGAGAAAUGACGAGUGCAUAUAGUGGGGAGUUGUAUGAGAUUGCGAGGGGGGUGUUGGAGGAGAGGAGGAAGUGUCCCAGGGAGAGGGAGGAGGACCCGGUUAGUAGUUUGCUGGGGGAGGGGUUGGAGGAGGUGCAUUUGUUAGGCUGCAUCCGCCAAUCCCUCGUAGUCGGCAUGGUCGCCCCCCCCUUGAUGCUCGGCGGGAUCUGCAACCACCUCUCGCAACACCCAGCCCUCCAGUCCCAACUCCGCGAAGACCCUUCCUUGAUUCCAGCCGCCAUCGAAGAAUUCGUCCGCCUCUUCAGUCCCUACCGCGGCUUCACCCGCACUGUCUCGCAGCCUACCGUGCUGCAUGGCCAGACGAUCGAGCCCGGGAUCCCGGUGACUAUGACGUAUAGCGCGGCGAAUAGGGACCCGGAGGUGUUUGAGGAUCCGCAUGAGUUUGUGUUGGGAAGGGAGAAUAUUAGGAUGCAUUUGGGGUUUGGUAGGGGACGGCAUCGGUGUGUUGGGCAGCCGUUGGCUACUUUGGCACUGCAAAUUGCGCUGAGGACGUUGUUGAAGCAUACCAAGAGCUUUGAGGUGAAUGGGGAGCUGGAAUAUGCGAGGAUGCCCGAGAUGGGGAUUAUUAGCUGUCCGUUGUCUUUUGAGGUGUAG